AUGAGAUCUGUACAGCUCGAGAAAGCAUUCGCGGCCGCGGUUGACCUCGAUUUGGUCUCCAAGAAACGGCUUACGAAGCUGAGGAACGUCAAGAUUUUAAUGCUGACGGAAAACGAACGUAAGGCAGCUCUGAGGGGUUUCAAGAGCGCUGUUCUUUUGCUACGAGCCCUCUGUUCAGAGAUUCGCCUUCAGCGUCAACUUGUGGACAUGAGCGCCGGUUUGGCCGCAUUACUCGCCGACCGUUACGAUGAGGCUGCCUCGCAGUCAGCAGAGGCUCCUCAACCCGAUCAUAUCUACAUUGAUAGCGAAGACAACCAUGACCAUGACCACUAUCACAUGGAACGGGAACAGGAACAGGAGAAGCACGGUCUUCGAUCCGUGCAGUCACAGAAACUGAAACCCACGCUGUACGCGAAGGGCAACGUUGGUCGCAACUGGACGGAACUGAUCAAGCAGAAUUUCACCAGAAAUGCCACCAUUAUUGUCGACGGCGGACUUGGGUAUCAACCCCGGAGAGUCACUGUUCGGGCGAAGAUGGACACGGGCUGCAACGACAACCUCAUCACCUUGGAAGUGUUUGAGAAAUUCGGCAUGGACAAAUCAAUACUCGUCGAGAUUCCCGAGGAAGAUCAGUUUGAUCUAGUCAUGCUCGAAGGAGCAAGGUGCCACAUUCUGUACAAGGUCCAUCUGACUUGGUACUACGACGGUGACAUGAAGAUGCGCCACUCCGACUUCUUCGUGGUCAAGACUGGGCCGUUUGAUAUGCUCAUCGGCUCCGAUCGAUUGGCUCAGGAAUUCGCAGAACACGGCCGGCCAGGCCUGGUUGUAGGGAAGAAGAACAAGAAAAAGGCCGAUCGCCAGAAGGAAAUAGACGACCAUGCCAAGCAUCUAAAAGAACAAGAGACCCUGGAAUUGGAGGAGCGCAAGGCACAACAAGCAAAGGCAAAAGUAUCUCCACCAGCACUAGCAAAGAAGGGUAAGAAGUUUUUGAGUUUCUUUAGGAGAAGGAAAUGA